AUGGAUACUGUAGAAUCGGCUCCAACGGGUGAAAACGAAGUCCGAGAUCCAGAAGGCUCAGCGACGCCAAAUGUUGUCCAAGAAACGCCUGUUGAAAACCACGCGGACUUAGGCGCACCACAAAACGACGAGACACAAGAUGGCUCGGACAAUACCACCCAAGACAAACCCCUUUACAACGAUGAGCUUGGCCUUUGUGAAUGUCCAGAAGGUCAAGUGGUAAUUGAUGGAUCAUGCGAUUCUCCAUGUCCCGAGGGAUCUGAAAUGGAAGCAGGUUCUUGCGUGAGCAAAUGUCCCGAAGAGCAAAUUUACAAAGAUGAAGAGUGCUACUGUGCUGAUGGCUCCCUCGCGUCUUUAACGAAGCCUUGUUGCGAGCUCGGCCAACAUUGGAGCGCUGAAAAGAGCCUCUGUGUUUGCGACGGAGGAGACAGCUGCAAUCAAGUCUGCCCAGAUUCUCUUCCGAACCAGUUCCUCGAUGUCUUCGGAAAGCUCCACUGCUGCGCGUCAGACCAAGUUUUCAAUGUUCGUGAGCAAAAAUGCAUGUGCAUGGGUUCUUUUGGAUCGAAGAAAUUCGCAGAUCCUGUCGACGGAAAAUGCUCUUGCCCAGGAAUGAAACAGGUCAUUACUGACGGAGCUUUUACUUGCGAACCAUCAAUUUGCUCGCCAUCACAGAUUUUCAGCCCUAUUACGGCCCUCUGUGAGUGCCCAGCGGACAAGUAUCCAUUUGAAAAUGACAUGUCAGGAGAAAUUGAAUGCUGCCCAGCAGGGCAAAAGUGGUCGAAUAUAUUGCUCAUGUGUAUUUGCAUCGAAGGCAACAUGCUUCCAAAUGCAAAUGGAGUUUGCGAAGAGGUAGAAGAAUGUCCUCCAGGAUGGUACUUUUCUGGCAAAACUCACGAGUACGGACAAAUUCUAACGGAAUGCCUCCCUGCCUGCCCAGAUCCAGCGAUGGUCUGGUUUGUUGACAGUGAAACAGCAGCUAAUGUCACGAGUGUUUCUUGCAAAUGCAAGGGCGAAUUCAAAUACACUUUGUCAACCGAUGUUCCGAUGACGAAUUACGUCACGGAUGGCUGGUGUGAACCAGAAGAAUGCCCCGUCGGUAUGAUUCGCUCAGAAGACGUUUCCAAUUUCAACGAGUGCGUGUGUCCUUACCACUGGCAGACAAUCACCGACAACGGCGGAUGCAGCUGCGACCAUCCUCACUACUCGAUGUUCUUCAACACUUGCACUUGCAAAGAAAAAGUGUUUGCGUACCAGGUUUUCGGGGCCGAUGGAACUUGCCAGUGUCCAAUCGGAAUGGCGUACGAUCCGGAGACAUUUGGAUGCAGAGAAGACUGCUAUUUCUUCGGGGAAGAUCCUUCUACUGGAGAAGACAAAUGCAUGACAAAGGAGGAGUUUGAGGCGGCUUACACGGCCAACCCGACGCCGAAUCCUCUCACACAGAUUGACGAUACUUGCCCUGGCUUCGAAGUUGGCUGGAAAGGAAUCAAGAGCAGUCGGGUCACCUUGAGGAGCUCAAACGACAAUGUCAACUCGUACCAGAUCCUGACCAACGUGAGAGACAACCAAAACAACGUUGAUGUGACUAAAGACGAUUACAUCGGUUUCCUUGUCUGGAGCAAGCGACACUGCGGCUACGCGUUCAUCGAAGAGAUCAUACAAGGAGGCGUAACGAUCAGUAUGUGGGAUCAAUCCGACAUCUACAAGCUUCAACAGGCUUAUCUCAGUCAAGACAAGUCUCAAACUCAAACUGUUCUCCAAUUCAAGGUUCAACACAACAGAGAUGCACAAGGAAAUAUUAUCGGAGGCAAUCUGAUGGUUGACGGCAAAAAGGAUCAAUUCUACUUGAACAUCAAUGUCGAUUCCAGCAUCGAAUUCGCCUAUGGAGAGGAAUAUUGCCUCACAUCGUUCAAUGUUGGAGUAAUGAAAUCCGCAAUGAACUUCGGAGAGAACUACACUUACUGCGUUCCCAAUGGCGGUAGCUACUGGUGGAGCAAACCAAGUAAUCCAUCUCUCACUCGCGAUUCAAAUCAGUCUGAUUAG